CAUGCGUAAGAUAUGUGUUUUCCCGCCGUUCGUCCUUUUCCACUUUCGUGAUCAAGUCUAGGUAACAGUGAAAGGGGGAAAAGGCUCACUUAUCCGUUCUACAUACUGAUAAGCAGAAGACAUACCACUGAAAAACUGAAGGAAUAGACUCUUCUGACUCGUCAACCCUUGAAAGUCCCAGGUCCCUGGAGGAACUCCCGACACCUGUGACUGUGUUUUUCGGCCUGGACUUUAAUUUUGACCCAAACUGGUGUCGACUGGUGACUUCUCUGCGUUUCGAAUUCAGGAGGUGCACUGGACUAACGAAAUGGAUAUAGUGGACAAUUCCAGCCUAUAUGCUAUCUCGCUCAAUCGCUGUGUCAACAUAUCGUGCAAUUGCUGUAUGCUUCGACAGAACGCAGCACUAAUAAGUUCUUCGAUCGUCGCUUUGUAACAGUUGUUUCACCGAUUCCGUAUUCGUCGUAAGGUUCUCUCUGCUUUCUUCAGAUUUGCACCCCAUCACGUUCUCCUCCUAAGAGUCGCUAGACAUCUCAUCGCCAUCUGCCGCUGUUGUUUCGAAAGGACCUAAUCUACCACACACCCCACGAACUGAGUUGCUUCUUUUCGACACAGUUUUGCCGGCUUCAAGUGCGUGCCUCAAUCGCAUUGGCAGCCUGGAGGGGAGUUCGGAAGAGACGUCCGUCAGCACAAAGUAGCCUCUCGCUCGUGGGACCGACUCGCAGAAGACAAUAAGCAAGGCGCCCUCCAUCACCCCUUAAGCCUUUUGGGAGUACCCUCCCAAUCAAUACUGCUACCUAUCUAUUCCUUCGGGCUGUUCUCUUCAAAACUCCAGGCACGUUCCGCUAAAGGAAAAGUUGAGGAAGCUGGUGUACCUGUCAUUGAAGGAAAGGGCUCUCGGCGUCCUGCCCUUCCGUUCUCUUUAUAUUGCUAAUUCCUUCACUUUUUACUCCGGCGUAUCAAGAAGACACGAGGAUUUUUCGAGACCAAAGGCUCCUUUCUCCGGAAGGGUCUAUCUUUAUUUUGAAGACCUGUCGCCGGAUUAAGUUGUACCGUAACUCCCUCGUUCUCUCUCACUAUAGCGUUCAUCACUUUUGAGGCUCCACGCGGUCAGUCGUGCCGUUGCAUUUGCCCCCGUUACCGAGCGGGAUUUCGGUCGUGCAGUGUGCCUCGAUGUGUUGUGAUUCUUCUGCAUGUGUUGCAAAGUUCUAACACGCGUCACGCGUCUUCUCAUCUGCUUUCUCGAGGCCAUCGACGUACAUGCGCAGAACGUUCUAUACGCGUCUUCAUAAUGGUGACACACAGUGAACAACUAUGGAAUGAGAAGAGUAUUUACUUCAGCGAGCACCCGUGUACUGUGCACCGUGCAGGGUAAGGAUGACGCUGAACCGUGAUUUUAUGCGACUGCAACUCCGAAUGAUCGAGCGAGACACGUCGCGUGGUCCGCUCGUGUCUUGGAUUAACAACAAAGACAUCUUUCCAGACGAGGAAGAAGAUCAGCUAAGGGCUGCUCAGCGGUUGAACCUGUCGUCCAAGAAGAAGCGCCGUCACACCCCUGCUGGUGGAAUGGGAAGCACAACCGAGUCGGACAGUCAGUUGGUGACCCACUUCUCCGACAUCAUCCGAGACAGUCCCCCACCUGCUCCCCCGACUCUUCUGAGGGGCAUCGGCCGAAAGGACACCGGCCUCGGAAAGGUGAAAGUGAUGCUACGAGUGUGCCCAGCGUCGACAACAGCCUCCAGCGCUCCAGGGGACGGAAGAAGUUUCCUCUCAUUAGAUGCCCGCAAGAAACAGGUGACCCUGUAUGACCCAUCGGCCAGCACCAGCUCCUCACCUGAAACACCCAAUGCGACGGCGGCGAGGCUGGGCGUGGCGGCGCCUAAGAUGUUUGCCUUCGAUGCUAUUUUCUCGCAAGAUGAUACGCAGACGGAGGUGUGUUCGACUUCGUUGACGGACAUCAUCCAGGCUGUGGUGAAUGGCUCGGACGGAUGCCUUUUCGUCUACGGGCACGCCCACUUGGGCAAGACGUGGACGAUGCUCGGUGGAAGCGGCUCGUCGCAAGAGUUGGGCGUCAUCCCAUGCGCCAUCUCUUGGUUAUUUAGGCUCAUCAACGAGCAUAAACAAAAGACAGGAGCCAGGUUUUCUGUGAGGGCUUCUGCAGUGCACAUCUCUGGCAGGUCCGAAACGCUCAGAGACCUCCUGGCUGAUCACGCUACAGGCACCGAAGGCUCAUCUCCGGGCGUUUACUUGAGGGACGACCCUGUGUUUGGCACCAAGCUCAUGAAUUACAGUGAACUUCGAGCGCCCACUGCUGAGCGGGCCGCGUUUCUACUGGACGCUGCCGUCACCGCUGCCUCAGCCAAUCACCGAACUGAAGAAGACAGGCGAAACUCUCACUUCCUGUUUACUCUGCACGUCUACCAGUAUCGAGUGGACAAGUCGGGCCGAGGAGGAGUGGCUGGUGGUCGAAGCCGUCUUCAUCUCUUUGACCUGGGCAGCUGCGAGAAGACUGCCAAAGGUCCCCUCACUCUGUCAGCCCUCGGGAACGUUAUCUUGGCUCUGUUCAACGCGCAGAAGCGAGUGCCCCACAAGGAUUCGAAGGUCACUCAGCUCCUGAAGGAGGCCCUGGGAAGUGUCACGUGCAGGGCUGCCAUGGUUGCCCACGUGUCCCCAUCGUCUGCCCACUACGCGGAGACCCUGGCUACUAUACAACUGGCUUCACGUGUGCAUCGCAUUCGACGGAAAAAGAUCAAGUAUGUCUCCACGGGCAGCGGCGCCGACGUUUGCGACGGAGCCGUGUGCCGUCCGUUCAUGCGGACGCAAGCCGUCAAUGAAGAUGGUGGAGUCAAGUCUGGCAGCUCUGACCCGGAAUACACAUCAAGCAGCGAGCAAUCCUGUGAUACGGUCAUAUACGUUGGACGGCACCAAGACUUCACUGACAACGAAGGGCCACCUUGCAUACCAUCUGUUUCACAAACGGCGCCGACGCCACAGAAUUCACCUGCUAGGACAUCAACUGUCACUAAGCCGCAAGAGCCUCUCGCCAAGAAUAGCAGUGCCUUAGCAACCGCCACACGGACUCCGUCGCCUGACGUCAAGCUGAAGACAGCUCCUGGAGGGUCGGCCACAAAAUCGACACUACCGAGGCAUGCUACUGCCGGAAGGAGUCCUCAUCAUCAGCCGUCUUCCCCGGACUGUCAACAAAGGACGCACUCGCUGAAGAAAAUGCAGCACAAAAGUCCAGCUAAGGACGUGACAGCAGAGGGGGCAAAGAAGCAAAGUGAUGAAGUAUGGGUGGAUGGGCCGAGGUUCUCGAAGCCACGUUUUGACACAAGGACGUUGCACCACCUGCAGAAGGAACAAUGGGUGGACGGUCCUGCAGCCAACGUGGUUUACGGUUACAUGGAUGAUCAUAAGAAAACCAUGAUUGAACGAUGGGUAGAAGAACACUCGCGGCACUUUCAAGGAGGUAAGACCAAGAAGUCCAAGAAUAAACCUACAAAGAGCCACGGCAAAGAAACGCAAGAUGGGGGAGGAUCAAGUGCGAGAUCGACCCCUGAGCAUAGGAAAGCAAGGGCGCAUAGAGAAAGCGAGGUUCAGCAAAGGAUGUCUCCAGACAGGACGAAUCGUCCAGAUGACGUCAAAGCCGAUGCUCAGUCUUCGACAGGGGAAAAGGCUUCCGAAGAUGACGAGGACCGCAGGACGGAAGCCAUGGAAGAGGAUGAUUCUGUCCAGAUGCAGGACUCAUGUCUCCAGGUGACGGAGGAAGACAUUUUAGCAGCAACCGGCGGCUGGACAUCUAAUAACGAAAAUCCUUUACCAGAGGUUGACCAGGGUAGCACUGCAAGCAACGGCGGGAGCAGCAGUGGACGCCACCCGCUAAGAGUGCUCAGCGAAGAAGGAUUAAACCUCCCCUCGUCGUUUACAGAGUCAAGAUCUAUAAGUGUAGACUUCGAAGAAGACGCUACAAACGUGAGAGAGGAGUUCCUUGGUCAAGUGUACGGCGGACUCACAUGGCGGCUGCUCCAGGGUACAUUGCUUCAGCGCCGCAAGGAGAGACAGGAGAGAAGACGGAGGCUGCACGGGGAAGACCUAAACGCAGUCAUCAAAGGAGACAUCUUGACUGAGAAGCUGGAGAGGAUAGCACGCUUACGAAAGCUCACAUCGCCUUAUUUUGACAACAACAACGAGAGGAUACCAUCCCUUCUCGUCAUGCGGAGUGGUGCGUCCAGUCCCACGUUAAGAACACAGCCUUAUGCAAGUCUUCCCAAUCGUGGCAGUAAAAGCACAAACCGCCAAACGGUUUCUGAGAUGCUAUACGGAGGCGAUGAAUCAAGCGCCGAGAGUAGUGACUGUGCAGACGUUACAAGUACUCACAGUGAGCCCGCUGACUUAGAUGUUGAUAAGUAUGAUAUUCAGCGGCUAAAUAUCAAACCCAUGAAUGGACUGAAACUGGAAGCGUUUUACAAUAGGAUACAGAAGUCUUCUGCGCCAAUGGUCACUGGGUCGCCACCUAAAUUAUCAGAGGCAAACACCCUGUUUCAGUCGUAUUCAGAUAAGCUGGACAUGCUAGCCAAGGAUUUUGGUGUGUUUCCUGGAAGCGGUUCGCAGGAGAUUCAGGCUCACGUGCGAUUUCCGUUAACCAAUACCGGUAAGCCACAGUUAGAAACAGAAGCCAUCGAUAGACUGCAGAAACACAACAGUGUGUCGGACUCGCAGUUAGACAAGACACAUGGUGCUACCAGUAUCGACGAUGGUUGUACAUUAGCUUCCAGAACAGACCAUGAGGGAGCAACAUCCUCUGCAAAGUCAUCAAGUGAAAACUGUAGAGAUUUAGACGGCCCCAAAUUGGAGAAUACUCAGAACAUAUCCUCCUCACCCGCUCAUCAACCCAAACCUCGUAUGAACAAGGCAUUGAACUCCUCUUGUCGUGCCAGCCCAACUCACCCAAAAUCGGAACAUUCUUCUCCAAAACGUAUGGUGUCCAGUCCGAAGCCAGGUCACAAAGCUGCUAACGGUCAUACUGCAAAAUCGCAUGCUGUUGUAGCACAGCAUGGUGGUAGUCCAGCGAGCAGUUCAUGUGGUGCGCUCACGACCUGCUGCAGUCCUACGCGAAGUAAAUCAGCUGGGAAGGCAGCCAGAACACCUUGUUCCAAUGGAAAACACUGCAAUGGCGAGAAGUCUAGGAAGUAUCCACGAAAUCCUCCCACCAAUGUACAGUGCAAUCCAUUGUGUCGCAGCGUGUCGACACCAACAACACCAUGCUGUGCUGCCGACAUGAAAUCGGACAUGAUUCAGCAGGCAGAGACACUGGAGUCUGACCUUCUACCAUCACCGUAUUCUAAGGUGACUCAGGCAAGACCUACGGUCCGCGAGUCCAGUAGUGGUCAUGGUAGUAGUGAUUCCAGCAGCUUCAAGGGAACUAUGAAGACCAUUCAAGUGGUGCAGUGUUCGGGCACCAGCAGUGGAUACGAAAGUAUCAUACUGCGAGACAGCACAGCACCGUCCUCGAGUCAAGAUUCUGGUAGUGAGAGAGGACUCAAGGAACUAAGGGGCCGCAAGGGAUCGCGCAAGAACGGACAAGGUAAGGAAGUGGCAGAAGCCGAUCCGCGCCAGGGCGAAGCCCACCACAGAGUCCCCCCGUGCAGCGGAGGCAGCCAAUGCCCGGAUUCGGCCAGCACGUCCACAGAUGGCGCCACGCCCAAGAAUUGCGAGCCCACCAGCCCGAAGACGAGGUGGGCUGUGCUGGCCUUUUGUGCUGCCGGCUUCUGGACUUCUACUAAGUGAUCACCUGAAGAAAACAGUGCUGCCAAAUCAAGCCAAUAUCGAGCACUCGGACACGUAGCCUCGGCUCUCUCGUGAAGACUGUGACAUAGCGAGGAGGCACGUUGAAAUUGACUGUGCUUGCAGAUCAGUCACUUUUUAGAAAGUGGUUUAAACAAUCCUAUCACACAGGUCGCUGGACUUACACGCGGAGGAGCCUUCCACAAAAGGUGUUUCGGGUUAUGAUGCGUGAACGAAGGGUAAUUUGUGAACUGGUAUAUAGGCUUUGUCGUGGCCGUUGAGCACGUGAAAGCAACUGAACUGCAAUGAGGACACAGUCAUCGCACAUGUCAUGAAUGUCUUCUAAAAUUCACCGUAAGACUAGCAAUACGUUGUACUUUCAUCUCUCUUGCGUAUUCACACGGCCAGCAUUAGAAUUUGAGGACCACUUCGUUAAACACAAAUCGCAUUGCAGGAAACCAUUGCUGAUUCGGUGGUUGUGGUAAUUGGAUGUUGCUGUAUACACUAUAUGUAAGACACUUUUGCACCGACGUGUACCGCUGGUGUUGCCCUAUUCAAAGCGAGCAUUUCGAGUUUUGAUGAGUAUGACGUCAUUGGGUACGUUAAGUCUGCAAUUCGUCUGGCAGCAUUGCUCUACAGAGGUCAAUUUCCGUCCUCACCACAGCUACUGGCAGACUUGAAUGUGGAACGAAGCUCCUGCGCAGGGGCUGAAAUUGGAAUGAAACCGAAAACCGCUUGGAACCCAAUUUUUUUCAAGAACCGUAACCCGAACGUAACCGAAAUUUACCAUCGGCAAUUAACCGAAACAGUUAACCUGAACCGAAAAAUGUGAUUUCGGUUACCGGUUGAUAUGAAUCGGUACGUGCUUCUGUUAAAAUAGAUCUCUUCGUCAUGUGUUUUUCACUCAGAAGUUGUAUAGACAACAUACCAUCUUAUGCGCUUGUACCCAUAAUCGGAUGACAUACGCAUCGUAUGACAUGUAUCGCGUACGUCCCUUGUGAGUUAUGUAUUAUUGUGAUCACUUAAGAUAUACGAAGCGUUGCACGUUGUUUGUUUCCACAUCAGUUUGCCUAACCGCUGUACGCACGCAGUUUUUCUUACCUUGUAGCUUGUUACAGCACGUGCGAAAUGAAUGUGCACGAGAUAAUAGAGGCCGUAACAAAUUAUUUUACGGUGAAUAUCGCAAACGGCAAAAGUGCGCCGGCAGAUGGCACUGCACCACCCUUUCAGAGCGCCUGUUAGACGAUUUCAGAAAUUGCAUGGAUGGCCCGCCAGAGAGCGCCGUGUUGCGAAUGCCCCACUGCACCUUGGGAUUUAGUUUUCAUGAGACAGACAGAAGAAGAAGAGCGCAAACGGUUUCGGUUUUCCCUCCUUCCUUCGAGCAACAGGCAGGCAAGCACGAAUGCAAACCAUUUCCCACGACGCAUUGCGCGAUGCGCGUGACUUGGGCGACGGAGGGCCCCCGUGUGGAGCACAAGGGCGGUAUCUGAAAUCGCCUAUUUGUAGCUCAUUUUGCGACAUCCACGCAGCCCGCAGAUACAUCCUAGAGGAAACCGAAAAAAAUACCGGUUCAACAGUUUGGUUGCCGGUAACCGCAAAUAUUAAAACGGUAGAUACCGUAACCCUAACCGAAACCGCUAUCAGGCUUCUGACACUGAACUGAACCGUAACCGUAACCAAACCUAUAUUCGUUUCGGUUUCAGUCCCUGCCCGCGGUGGCCAGGAGAGCGAGUCCAACUCUCCAUGACGUCACCUCCUCUCCCAAUGUAUGGAGUUUUGAAGCUUCUUUGGAAAAUUCGUAGAAGAUCGUUCGUGUUUUCUGACGGCAUUUAUAUUUUGUGUGCCGAGUCUUUGAACAUGGUUGAUGGAGUGUUUGCGGCCUUGGAACUGCAAAGAGAUGUUUUCGUACAAAAACGCCCCAUUCUUUUACCGAAGCCAUCCGAGAGCUAGCAGGGCUAGGCCAGCAACGUAACACGGAGUCCAUAUGGAACACGCUCCGGCGCAUACCUUCCUCAGAGUGACACGCUAGCAGCGAAUAGUACCGUACAAACUUGCAAACAGGUGACUUGGUUACCUAGGCACAUAUGUCUGUAAGUCCGUACAGUCCCAUUCACUGCUACUCUUAAAAAUAAUGUGGGUGCGCUUACUCACUAAAAACUAAGCACUUACUUGUCACUCCAGCGUGUCACAGCAUAUAGCGUGUCACUCUGAGGAAGCAAUACUCCGGAACGUGUUCCGUAAACUUUUGUCCUGCACUUUACAAGGCAUUGCCUUGCGUAAAGCCACCGAGCGCAAUCCCAACUGCAACUUAUGCAAGCAUGGUGGUCGAGGUUUUUCUAACAAAGGUAAACUGAGAUUUAAGAUACCUAGAUGAAGUUGGCACCGUACACAUCCUGCUUUCUUUUACAAAUCAUACACAUUUAAAUGUGAACUAAGGCCAUAGUCACAAUGUUAAAUAGCUUGAGGCAAUGAUUCCUUCGCGCACCAUCCAAAAAUAAAUACCGUGAAUAUGAUUCUGACCCCCAUUGAUGGCGAUUUUAAUUUUUUUUCUGAAAUAAACCGGAAUAGUGGGCGACCCCCUCCCCCAACUUACGAGGUGUAAAAAAUAAAAAAUAUUCGGAAUGUAGCAGAAAGGCCACUAUAACAACUGAGUGCAAGCUACAGCAAACUGGACAAGCACAAAAAAUAAGAGAAAAAGAUAGAUAUUGGUGUGGUGUAGUGAAACCUGUAGGUCUUUCUGCCAAUGACUCGUAUAUCAGACGAGAGUCGAGGUUUUCCGGAGCAUUUUUGAAAGAAAGAUCGAGCUAUACUCCAGUUUGUGCAGUAAUUUAUAGAAAAGCCAGUAUGCCAUUGCUAUUUACCCAUGAUUCUCACACUAAGCACUACUGAAAUUCGAGCUUCUAACCCUGAGUGCAGUACGCCAGCUAGUAGCAAAACCGAAACAAACUUCAGACUGACACACCCAUUCCAGUCACAAUGCAGCUGUUGUUGCUUCAUGCUCAUCUGCGACGACAAAGCCUAACCUCUGAGGUUCACCUUACCAGACUCGUACCUACUCAAAAAAGCAAAUACUGCAAAAUACCUCUACAACCAUAUGUGUUGCCUACUGCCAGCAAAAGACUCACAGUUCAACUGUCGAUCGUUUUUCUACUAUUUAACGGGCAACGCUGGGCCUGUGAAGUCUUCUUUCAUGUGAACAGCUCCUGUUCAAGUGCUGUUUGAGUGGUUCUCUGUUUUCCUGUUUCCCAUCGAAAAGUUGUCUACUCGAUGGAUGCAUUCUCACAUCAAAAACAAAGUGUUGAUUACCAAACUUCCUUUUAUAUUAAAAGUUAUUUUUAUCCAUGA